GAAAUAACUCAAAGCCAGAAAGAAAACAGGGCAUUACGGAGGAAACUAYUGGAAGUUAAGGUGGCACGGGAGCGCGCMGAGAGGACCUUGCGAGAGCGCGUCCUYGCCAGUCGUCCCAGUAGUGUCAAGAUCCUCGACCGAUACAGAGGAAUGGCGAGAGGUGAAGGACAUCUCACUGGAGGCCACAGGAGCUUUGUGAAGCCAGCAGGACRCAAUACAUGGAGAGAUGACCAACCAAUCACUGUUGGUGAGGGGAGUGGGACCUCAACCCAGCACGUUAUCGUGAUAGAGUCUGCAGAGGCUGCAGGUCCUGGAGGAUCAUCUGUGGUCAAACAGGAGAGGACUGAAGGAGAGGAGGACCCACAACACAGCAGAGACAUCGAGACUGGAGCAGCGGCUAUACUAGUGCCCCCUGCAGCCACGGAUCACCUAUCCACUGCCGCGCCCCAGCCCAGGACGCGAUGCAGCAUGGUGGAGGUCAGUGGAACUCCGAACGCCGCCCUCAAGUCAGAGAUGGACACAGAGACUUUAGUUGUAACACAGAGGCUUUUACACACAGGCCCAGCCCCAGAGAGACUGGGGCUGGGGAGACUGGGCUGUCCACUUGCUCCCGGAUCAGAGUAUUUACUUUACAGUAAUCCGAGACYGAGGACUGUUCAUUCCCAUCGGGACUCAGGUGACACGUUAGAGACUGGCAAUGAUCCGUCUUGUUCUUACUCUACAGAGGUGGACCGUGGCAACAUGCCCUUGGAUUUGGAGACACAGACUGAUCUGUCUAGAGCGGACUGGAACCCCUACAGUAGUAGUGUAUACUCUGAAGGGUGCCUAGAUAAGAAAGGGGAGGUUAUAGUGGUAGAUGAAGUGACUGUGAAAGUGGAGGGCGACGCUCCUCUGGCAUGGAAUGUAGGCGAGACUCACUUAGGAGAAGGACACUCACAUGGCAGAGAUUUCUUAGAUUACAGGGGAAGCUUAAAGACAAAUCUAAAUGUCCCGACUCACUCCCCUUUACAUGCGUUCAGAGAUCGCGACCCAGUGUCCACAUCAAUGGCACCUUCCGAUUCGCAUGGCCGCGUCUUUUUCGAUCAGGUAUUGAACUCAAACGACAGGGCUAGAGCUGAGACUCGGGRAGGGGGAGCAACAUCAGGCAAUAGUAAAGAGAAACAGUUCCUCUGCAUGUUCUGUAACAAAGGCUUCAGCUGCCCUCAGAAGGUGGAGAUCCACCAGAGGGUCCACACAGGUGUGAAACCCUUCAGUUGUACCCAGUGUCACAUGCACUUUGCCCUGGCUGGCAACCUGAAGAGACACCAGAUGGUCCACACAGGGGAGAAACCCUUCAGCUGCCCCCAGUGUGAGAAGAGGUUCUCCCAGGCUGGUGACCUGAAGAGRCAUCAGAGGGUCCACACAGGGGAGAAACCCUUCAGCUGUACCCAGUGUCACAUGCGAUUCGCCCUGGCUGGCAACCUGAAGAUGCACCUGAAGGUCCACACGGGAGAAAAACCGUUUGCCUGUACACACUGCGGGAAGAGGUUCUCCGAGAGGAGCUACCUCAGUAUACACCAGCAGAAAAAACAUUCCACUCAAUAACAUAGAAAGUAACCAUUCCACACGAUAUCCUUUGACGUUUAGAUGAAAACCUGCACAAAGACAAAUAAAUUGAUUUUGUUGUCAGCGGAAAAGAUCCACAGAUUCAUUUGGAAUAACGAGUGUAACAGAUUUCAGUGUUGAAUAUUGCAUCCAGGCAUUGUGUGAUAUACACUGAGUGUAUGAAACAUUAAGAAC